GCCUGCCCCGCCCUCAGAUCGUUUGCGGCAUGGCAGUAAACAAAGCCAUGUCGGCGACAGGAAGACGGGUUUUGUCGCAAGCCCGUAUUGCCAGCAGGAAGGUAGUGCUGCUGAGGGAGACAACACCACACACCAGACCUACCUGGUGGAGAAUUGGGAAAGUGCGUGUGUGGCGGUGCAUUGGCUCUGCCUGUGGGGCUCUACUUUGCCUCUCGCGUCUCCUUCCCUCGCCCCCCGACUGGAGUGUUCUCUCCAGCCAUGGCUGACUGCACCACGCAGCCGUUAGUGUCAGAGAUAGUGGCUCGUGCUGAUGAGCUCUACGAAGCCAACCAGAUGAGAGAAGGCCUCAGCUACUUGAAACAGUACGCACACUUGGACGAAGUAGAGGUGUUAUGGCGACUGGCGCGGCUCUGCUACAAGGCAGGGAAGUACCAGACGGAAGUUCAGGAGGAGAAGAAGAGACUGGCAGGGGAGGGGUGGAGCUACAUCGAGAGAGCUCUCGCCGCCGGAGGAGACAGACACAACGGGUGCAGACGAUGGGCCGGGAUCUUGCUCAGCUGGUCCAGCGAGUUUGAGGGAAUCAAGAAGAAGAUUGAGAAAGGUUUCGAGAUCAGAGAUCAUUUCCUAAGUGCCAUAGAGUGUGAUGCAAAGGAUGCUACCAGCAUGCACCUGUUGGGCCAGUGGUGCUACUCUGUGGUGUCUGUCCCCUGGUACCAGAGACAGGUGGCCAGCGUCUUCUUUGCCACUCCACCACAGUCCACCUAUCAAGAGGCGCUGUCAUACUUUGAAGCUGCAGAAAAAGCUGACCCAGGGUUCUACAUGGUCAACUGGCUGUGGAUUGGCAAGUGUCACUUGGCUCUGGGCAAGAGGGAGGAGGCAGAGCCAUGGCUGGAGAAAACGGUCUCAUAUGAAACCACUCUGGAAGAGGAGCUGGAGGCAAAGAAAGAAGCAGCAGAGCUCCUUAAGAAGUUGUGACAUUCAUUUUCAGUUCUUCCGACACAGUAACAGGAGAUAAUUUUGCAUCAAACCUUUCUCUCAGCAUAAUUUAUUUUUUCUACUUUGUUUCAUCAUAAAAACCCGUAUAUAAUGUUGUGGUGAUGAAAUACUGUAUGAGCCAUAUUAUACGCAGUGUGACAAUGAAAUGAGAAUAGAUAUAAAUCAGCUACUGCUACCUUCAGUAGUACCAGGUGUACCCUCUAGUUCUCCCAGUCUCCCCUGUUCUCGCUCUAUCUCUGCUCGGUGAGCCGGACUGAGAUCCAGGAUCUCGGCCACGGUAAAGUGCUUCCUCUUGUUGAGCGGCUGGCAGCUCCGUAUCAUUACCAGGUCCCCCACGCGACACGAUGACUCAGGGUCGUGACAUAGGUACUUCUUACGACGCUUUACGUACUUCAGAACGUGUGGAUGCAGUACCAUUCUCGUGACUUCGACUUUGGCCGUCUUCAUCAUCUGCGUGCCGAUUACCUUCCCCACAAACUGCGCCAUGAACACGAGCAAGAGGGGAGAGAUGAAAGAGAAGGCGG